AUGGCAGAUGAGCGGCCCAAAAAGCCUUUCGGCGGAGCCUACGGUAUCUGGCUUGCAGAGAAUCGGGCGGAGCUACGGAGGGAAGUGGGCCCGGGGAGGCCGGUAACUGAGGUAUCCAAGCUUGCCGGAUCCCGCUGGAAGGCCCUCAGUCAAGAAACGAAGGCCCUGUACCGGGAGAAGUUUGAGCAGGCCAAGGCCAAGUAUGCGGAAGAGAUGAGGCAGCAAGAGGCCACCAGCCAGAAGAAAGGCACGAAGAGAAAAGCAGAGAAGCACUGCAAGAAGGAUAAUGUGGCCGAGAAGAAAUAUUCUUUGAUUGAGGUGGAGGUCACUCAAAUGAGCGGCGACGCCCUCGCUAGCCUCUCCCUUCUCGGCACCUGUGUCAUCAGAGAUGUUAAGCUGGAGCUGGAGAGACAGCAGGGCAUCCCACACCAGCAGGCGCAGCUGGUUGUUCCAGGUGCCUUCAACAAGCUGGAGGAUCACAAGACCAUCGCAGACUGUGGUGUGAGCGGCGGGAAGCUUCCGCUGAUCCUGGUCCGAAACUCGGGCUUUCUGCCAUCAAAGCGCUUCGAUGGCUCCUUGGAAGGCUACGUCUUCAAGCUUGGAGACCAGGGACUGGGCUACUACAUCGAUUCAUGA